UUGGACAUUGACGGGGACUCCGCGUGUGAAGAAACGCAGUCGCAGAGUGACGAGAAAUGAAAGAAACACUAACCUGAAACAAAAUAAACCCCCCAACUCAAUCUCAUCAUCCCCUCUUUCUCUUUUCAAUCUCUGUCUGUGUCUCUCCCCCCUAGGGUUAGGGUUAGGGUUAGGGUUUCCCAACACCGUUGCCAACGAUGAUGUACGGUGACCCUCAGCAGCAGCAGCAGCAGCAACCACCACACCCGCAACACCCCCAACCACCACCACAGCAGUACCAGCACCAUCCUCAAGUUGGGGAGUUUCCGAGGGGUCCUCCUCAACAACAACAGCCACCGCCUCCCCCUAUGAUGCGGCAGCCUUCUGCUUCCUCUACUAAUAUGGGUGGUGCCCCACCGGAGUACCACCACCACCCCCUUGCUCCGCCCCCUCAUCGCCCUUAUGAUGUUCAUGGUGACAGUUUUGCUGCAAAAAGAAUAAGAAAGGUUGGCCAGAGGAGAGCUGUCGAUUAUUCUAGCACUGUUGUGCGGUAUAUGCAGAUUCGUAUGUGGCAGCGGGAUUCGAGGAGUAGGAAAGAUUCCAAACACCUCUUAUGCAUGUUAUUUUUUGUUACUGAGGGAACAUGCUAUAGUGGCCUUGUUUGGAACUGGAAUUGGAUUAUAAUCACUUCAUUUAGUGGUUUCACUGUGCUUUGCUUCAGUCUGGACUUGAUGUUGCCAACAGUCGCCUUUUCAGAUAAUCCAUCCACAAGCUUCGCUGCUAAGUUCGUUCAUACAUCUCUAAACAAAAAUCGCUGUUCAAUUAAUCGUGUUUUGUGGACUCCUACUGGAAGGCGUCUUAUCACAGGAUCUCAAAGUGGGGAAUUCACUCUUUGGAAUGGCCAAUCAUUUAAUUUUGAAAUGAUUCUGCAGGCUCAUGAUCAAGCAAUCAGGUCUAUGGUAUGGAGUUACAAUGAGAAUUGGAUGGUCACCGGUGAUGAUGGGGGCGCUUUAAAGUACUGGCAAAACAACAUGAAUAAUGUGAAGGCCAAUAAAUUUGCUCAUAAAGAAUCAGUACGUGACUUAAGCUUUUGUAGGACAGACUUGAAGUUUUGUUCUUGCUCUGAUGACACUACAGUCAAAGUUUGGGACUUCGCCCGAUGUCAAGAAGAGCGUUCACUAUCUGGCCAUGGUUGGGAUGUAAAGAGUGUGGACUGGCACCCAACUAAGUCUUUACUAGUUUCAGGUGGAAAAGACAACCUUGUCAAACUUUGGGAUGCAAAGGCUGGGAAAGAGCUUUCGUCAUUUCAUGGGCACAAGAACACUGUUCUUUGCGUCAAAUGGAAUCAAAAUGGUAACUGGGUGUUAACUGCUUCGAAGGAUCAAAUUAUCAAGCUGUAUGACAUAAGGGCUAUGAAGGAGCUUGAAUCAUUUCGUGGGCAUCGAAAAGAUGUGACUGCAUUGGCUUGGCAUCCAUUUCAUGAAGAGUAUUUUGUUAGUGGCAGUUUUGAUGGAUCUAUUUUUCAUUGGCUAGUCGGCCAUGAAACUCCUCAGCUUGAAAUUCCCAAUGCACAUGAUAAUAGUGUUUGGGAUCUUGCAUGGCAUCCUAUUGGAUAUAUUCUUUGCAGUGGUAGCAAUGAUCACACAACCAAGUUCUGGUGCAGAAAUAGGCCCGGCGAUUCAGCUCGUGAUAAGUUCAACGUUGGUCACAGCCAAGGUUACGGUGAGCAAAAUCCCACCCUAGCUGGUUCUAUGCCUGGUAACUUUCCAGGACCUGAGCACCCCACAACUCCUGGGCCAUUUGCUUCUGGGUUGACACGAAACGAGGGAAACAUUCCAGGUGUUGGUGUUGCAAUGCCAUUGAUGGAUACAUCAGUUCAAGGAGAGCAGAAACUGCCUCCGGUAGUUUCAAUGCCUUUAGGUGCUCCUCCGCUCCCCCUUGGUCCACAUCCUUCUCUUCUCGCAGCAAAUCAGCAGCAAGCAUAUCAUCAAAAUGCUCAGCAAAUCCAACAUCACCAGCCACACCCACAGCAAAUGCCCUCUAUGCCUAUGCCACCUCCAAAUUUGCCUCAACUACAGCCUCCAUCCCGUCUACUACUUCCACAUCCUCAUUUACCUCGUCCUCCACCCCAGCUACCCCCUCUUGGUAUGCCUUCAAGCAUCCCGUCAUCAAUGGCAGGAUCAAUGCCCAUGCCUUCAAUGCCAACGUCACUUCCAAUGCCCAUGCCUGGUCAAAUGGUGAUGCCGGGUAUGAAUCCGAUGGUUCCUCAAAUGCAACAGGGGCAUUUUAUGGGUAUAAAUCCGAUGCACUCGCAGUCGGCACCUUCAGUUGGAGGGAUUCCAAAUGGGUUGCAGGGCCCUUCAAAUGCAGGUGGGGCCCAAAUGUAUUCGCCAGCAGGUGCAUUCAACCGGCCACAAGGUGGGCCAGUGCCACCAAUGCCAGGGCUUAAUCCCUACCAGCCUGGGAAUCCUAAUGCAAGUGGCAUGGGGACAAUGCCAUCAAAUUUUGCUAUUCCGUCUGGUAUGCCUCCACCAUUGCCUCCAGGCCCGCCACCUCAUGGCCAAACACCACAGUAGAUAAGAUAAUUCCUGUAGAUUAAGACUUUGUUGCAGCAAGUAGGGCUGUCGGUUAGAAGCAAAAACAUACAUCUCUCUCGUCUCUAUUGCAUGCUGUUUAUCCUUUUGGAUGUAACAUUUUUGUUUAUUGUAGUUUCCCCAUUUAAACUUCCUCCUUUGUUUUGUUUUUGUUCCCUGUUUCAUUCCCUCCCCUCCUUUUUAUAUUUAUCAUAUGUUCCUAUGAAACUGAUUGAAAUGUAAUGAAUGUUUGCAAUUGUUUUUUAUGUGAAAUUUACCAGCAAUUAUAUGUUCA